AUGGACAAUUUGCGCCAGCAGAAAAUACAAAAGUAUGAAGAAUUUGUUGAUAAACGCUUGAAACCUGAUCUUCUUCAUGCUACUGCUCAGAGGGACACGGUCUUUGAACAGCAGAAAAUUUUUGCUGAUUUGCGAAGAAACAUUGAAAACCUAGAGAAGAAUAGUGUAACAAGUCUGAGAACUAUGGUCAAUCUUGGGUCUGAGGUGUACGUGCAAGCAGAAGUGCCCAAUACACAACACAUAUUUGUGGACAUAGGUAUGGGAUUCCACGUGGAGUUUACUUGGUCCGAAGCUUUAAACUACAUAGAGAAAAGGGAAGAAACGAUAGUCAGGCAGAUAGAGGAAUACACUAAAUUAAUUGCUUCAAUCAAAGCUCAAAUUAAGCUGGUUUGUGAAGGGAUUCGAGAAUUACUUGAACUUCCAGCUGAGAAACCCUCACCACAACGGAUAUUUUGA